GAUGAGCAACACGGUCUCUGCGUUAGUAAACCCGUUCCAGUUCAACGAAACGGUCAGAAGUGUACAUUCGGUCUGUCACGGCGGCACCGAACGGAAGCCGGUAGUCCAGGGCAGCGGGGAGCGAGAUGGGCAGCGCGUCUUCGGCGUAUCGCGUGAUAUACCUGGACGUGGAUGGACGGAUUCAGCAGGUGGUUUUCAGCCGUUUCUGCAGCCCAUGUGAUAUAAAGGAGUUAUUCUGCACUGCCACGGGGCUCUCCAGGAACACAACCAUCUCCCUUCUGGACUCAACAGGAGCAAUGGUCUCCAUCGACCCCACAAUGCCAAACAACUCAGAGAGGUCGCCGUACAAAGUGGUGCCAAUAACUGGCGGACAACUUGCAGUGGAGGGCAUGAAGGUGGUGGAGAUCGAGAAAUGUCGCAGUGACAUCAAGAAGCUGCGGGAGGAGAUGGCCUCCAGGAACAACAGUAGUUUCCUGGAUGACAACAAGAAGUUAACUCCUCGCAGAGAUGUGCCUUCAUACCCAAAGUACCACCUCUCACAGGAGACAGUAGAAGCUUUGAGGCAGCCAAUCUUCGAUGUGUGGCAGUGGGAGCCUAACGAGAUGCUGAGUUGUCUGGAGCAUAUGUACCAUGACCUCGGGCUGGUAAAGGACUUUAAUAUUAACCCCAUCACGCUGAAAAGAUGGUAUCAGAUUAAUGCGCGCACUGAGCUGGCGGUGAGGUACAAUGACAUCUCUCCUCUGGAGAACCAUCACUGCGCCGUGGCCUUCCAGAUUUUCUCUCAGUCUGAUUGCAACAUCUUUGCCAACUUUGAUCCUGAAGCCUUCAAACAGAUUCGUCAGGGAACCAUCACCCUGAUACUGGCCACAGACAUGGCCCGACAUGGAGAGAUUCUGGACUCUUUCAAACAGAAAGUGGAUAACUUUGACUUCGCUAAUGAGGAGCAUGUUACUUGUCUGAAGAUGGUGCUGAUCAAGUGCUGUGAUAUCUCUAAUGAGGUUCGGCCGAUGGAGGUCGCUGAGCCGUGGGUGGACUGUUUGCUGGAGGAGUACUUCAUGCAGAGUGAUCGAGAGAAGGUGGAAGGUUUACCAGUCGCUCCUUUCAUGGACAGAGAGAAAGUGACCAAACCCACUGCUCAGAUCGGCUUCAUCAAGUUUGUCCUGAUCCCCAUGUUUGAGACCGUGAUGAAGUUGUUUCCUCAGAUUGAGGAGGUAAUGGUACAGCCCCUACGAGAGUCCCGGGACAGAUACGAGGAGCUUAAACAGAUAGAUGAUGCCAUGAAUGAGGUGCAGAAAAAGAAGAGUGAAAAUUUAACAAUGGGAGGAAAAAAGAAAUGAGCAAGCUGGAAUCCCAUCAGAGGCAGUAAAUGAAAAUCCAAAGCAUCUUUCAGGGAAUUGAACCAUG